AUGGCGAAUCCAACCAAUGCAGAAGCCCUCAAAGCCUGGGAACUGAAUGCCAGCUUCUGGGACCAGCAUAUGGGCUACGAAGGCAACGAUUAUUACAGAAUCGUGGAACUCCCUUCGCUUGAGCGCAUGGCAGCCGUGAAACCCGGCGAUAGGGCGUUGGACCUUGCGACAGGAAACGGGCUUGUCGCGCGCUGGCUAGCGUCGAACGGUGCUCGUGUUAUUGCAACAGAUGGCAGCCAGGCCAUGAUCGAUCAUGCAAAACACAGAAGCACAAAUGCUAAUGGAGAAAAUGUCAACUCCAUAUCGUACCAGAUUUUGGAUGCCACGAGCACACAGAGCUUCGAAAAUUUCAUCGCAAAGGAGACAGCGGAAGAGGGCCCAUUCGAUAUCGUCGUAAUGAACAUGGCCAUCAUGGAUAUCGCUACUCUUGAACCAUUAGCAGCUGCUCUACCAAAACUACUGAAGCAAAAUACUGGACGAUUUGUUGCAACGCUCCUCCAUCCUCUCAUCACCGCUGGAUCCACGCGCGUGCUCGAAUACGGGGAUAGCCGGGAAACAGGACGCGAGGAGGAGCAUUACACGUUCCACCGUCCCAUACACGAUGUUUUAUCCCCUUUUCUCCGUUCAGGAUUAGUUCUGGACGCGUUCGAGGAACCGGAUUUCGAUCCGGAAUACAACAAUAGCAAGCAAAUUGACCCAAGAUCUCUGCGGUAUGUCACCGAAAUUCCCAAAAUCCUCGCAUUCAGGAUGAGGGCCAUUGGCUACUGA